UUUGACAUAGAGAUGGAGCUUUCGGAUAUUCCCUUCCCCAUCCCCACGGCCGAUGAUUUCUACGACGAUCCCUGCUUUAACACCAACGACAUGCACUUCUUUGAAGACCUGGAUCCAAGGCUUGUCCACGUCGGCUUGCUUAAACAGGACGAACACAGCCACAUGGAGGACGAACACAUCAGGGCACCCAGUGGCCACCACCAAGCGGGCAGGUGUCUCCUGUGGGCAUGCAAAGCAUGCAAGAGGAAAACCACCAACGCAGACCGGCGCAAAGCUGCCACCAUGAGAGAACGAAGGCGUCUGAGCAAGGUCAAUGAUGCUUUCGAGAACUUGAAGAGGUGCACGUCUACCAACCCGAACCAGAGGCUGCCCAAAGUGGAGAUCCUGAGAAAUGCCAUCAGUUACAUUGAGUCUCUCCAAGCCUUGCUCAGAGGUCAGGAGGACAAUUACUACCCAGUUCUGGAGCAAUACAGUGGUGAUUCUGAUGCCUCCAGUCCUAGAUCCAACUGCUCAGAUGGCAUGAUGGAUUGUAAUGGUCCCCCGCGCUCAUCAAACAGACGAAACAGCUAUGACAGCUCGUACUUUAACGAAACUCCAAACGGAGGGGACGUUCGGAGUAAUAAGAACCCAGUGGUGUCCAGUUUAGACUGUCUGUCCAGUAUCGUGGAGCGGAUCUCUACCGAGUCACCCGCUGCCCCCUCGCUCUCAGUGCCCGAACUGUGUGAGGGAGGUGCGGCCUCUCCGCAUGACACAAGCGUGCCAUCUCCUAUUAAUCCCUGCAACCAGACCGGCCCAGCCCACGACCCCAUCUACCAAGUGCUCUAAAAUACAGACGAACUAAAUACACAUCCGCAACAUUUCUGAGAAUGCGAGGGACUACUUAAACCAAGCAGCAUUCACGAGGACUACUUUUGCUGUCAUGAAGCAAGAAAACACUAAGCUGUUGAAGUUGGAGAAC